CAAGAAUGCUGUCACAAGCAUAAAAUAAUAACAUCAUAUCUCAAAACGUUUUCAAUGAAAUUGUAUUAUCGCCGAUAAAUUUGUGAAAAAAUGACGGAAAAACUAGGUGAACGGGCUUUGGAAGCCAUAAAAAAGAUGGACAAUGCGGUGGUCGAAUUUAAAAUGCCAAAAGUACCCCGAACAAAACGGGGUCAAAUGAAAAUAUUGACAGAGGAACAAUACAUUGAGGAGCUCGGCAAAAUAAUACAAAAAGAUUUCUUUCCGGAUUUGGAAAAAUUGAAAGCGCAAAAUGCAUACCUGGAUGCAAUGGAAAAGAAUGAUAUUAUAAAACUCAGGGAAAUUUAUGCAAAAUACAGUGGUCAUAAACCAAAUGAACCACUUGGAUCGGAGAGUCCGGCCACAUUUGAAACACCGCAGCGAGAAGACUGGAACCAAUCAACAUUCUCAACGCCAUCGUCAAGGUUGUUCCAAGAAAGAAACUCAGAUGCACUUUCCACCACGUCAAGGCGAAGUAAAAAAGCACCAUCCGAUGGACAUACGUUGGACUCUUUUCUUGCUACGCAUACAAGUGAGGAUAAUUGCAGUUUUGAAGAGUUGAUUGAGACAGCCGAUAAAAAAUUGCGUCAAAAGUUUGCCGUACUAUUUGAGGCUGAACAACAAACCGCCAUGGCCAUUGCUCUAAGUUUAGAUUUACCAAAAAUUGAAGAUCAAUUCAAAGAGAUUAUUGGCCCAAAGAGAAUCGAUACAUGGAAAUACACAAACAAAAAUAGCAUCAUGUAUGUCCCGGAUGGUGUUGAGCUGUCCAAAGCCGAACAAUUGGAGCGAGUCGAUAAAAAACAGGAAAUAGAAUACAACAAUACACGUUUCAAUGCGAAUCCAUUUAACGAUCAACAGAAUAAAGACACAAUCACUGAUUUGGCAAAAGCACAGUCAAACAAUCUGAAUGGUCGCGUUGGAAUCGAUGGAAAUGCUGUAACAGCGUUAUCAGAAAGAAAUGUGCGUGGUUUCAGCUUUGUAGCAACACCGUCACCGCAGCCAGGUGUUGCCGAGAGUCCUUUAAUGACAUGGGGUGAAUUAGAAGGAACACCGUUCCGAUUGGAUGGUUCAGAUACGCCAGUUCGACCUUCAUCGGGUCCAUCAUUUCGUAUUGCUGAGACAUCAAGGCGUGAAACGAUUGCCCAUUCACUGGCUGAAAAGGCUGGUGAACGAAUGCGUAAUCAAAAAGCAAAAGCAUUGGAAGCGGCUCGUCGAAAUAUCUCCUCACCACAUAUUCGAUCAACAAUGGAUCGUCUGGCAUCAAUGUCUCCCGCUGCAAAACGCUUGGCAUCCUCGAGUAUCGGUGUAAAAGAUCACUUAUUAACGCCUAGUCCAAGAACACCACUUUCACAAAAAACACCAGCCACUCCAUCACCACUAAUCCGACGAAAAACACCACUCGUUCGCACCCCAUCAUCCAAACAACGUCUUACCGACGAUCUAUUAAAUAUUCCAAUCAAAUCAAAGCGAAGCUAAGAAAAAAAAAACGUGUUGACUUGUGAAAUAAAUAAAAAUUUGUAUUUUUAUGGGCGUA